AUGAGUUCUCUUCUGCACCUGAUAUCCUCCCAUGUGAAAAGAGCCCGCGCUUCCGGCCUGAGGAAGCAGACAGACCCCGAUAAGCGUGCCACCUUCAGGCAUAGGGUGUUUCCGUCUUCUUCCUCGUUGUCCGUUGUCGCGAAAGUUAAGAACCCAAUACCCACCUCGACGCCAUGGGAUCUCCUUCCGGUAGAGCUUCAGAUUAUAAUAUUCGCACACUGCGGGAUCGCGGAUCUUCUCACGCUGAAGUUGGUUUGCAAAGCCUUCAAUCAAGUACUCAGUACGCAUGAACAAUUGAUUGCGCGGCAAUACCUCCGCCAGCGCCGACACGGGACUCUCCCGGCCCCGCUAGACGAUCAAAGAAUAUAUACCUGGAAACCGGAGGACGAUGUAGUCCUCUUGUCGGACCUUUUCCCGCCAACAAUGAGUGCAAAGGGUGGUCAACUGUGUACCUUCCGCUAUUUAUCUAGUUUUCACCGGCGGGAGAAGCUCUGUUCAAGACUGUGCUAUUACCUUGCAGACCGGAUCGUGAAACGAUUUGCUGAUGUCGAGUCGACGUUUAUGAAAACCUCGUUCCCUUCGAGAACCAAACGUGCGGAAUUUAUAAGGAAGGCAAUCGUGAGGGUCUGGUCUUAUCUUUCACCACUCAUGUACUAUACCUUAUACUUCCUCGAGUCGUAUGCAGAUGCCAGACGCGAGCAGACCAACAUCCUUUUGCGCGCCUUCGAGGCUGGAAGACUACCUGUCCCAAUACCGCCAGAUGUCCGCAAGAAUAUGUACCUGGAAUUACAAAGAAAGAUCAUCCAAACACCCCCAUUCACAGACACAUCUACACUCAUAUCGACCAAUCAUUGUAUGCGGCUCCUGGUCUUGUGGUUGCGGGACACCGUACCUCCGGACGAACCGAAUAUCUCAGACGACAGUUGGAUUGGCUCACUGCUGACUGUGUCACCUUUCCAACGUAUCGUGGAAUAUUUCUCGGCGGAAAUAGGAGACGGUGGCAAUCAGCGAGUGCAGCGCAGGGUCUUUAUGCGCAACUUCCACAACGAUAUCACGUUGACUGAAAAUGAUGAAAUGAACUCGCGGGUGUUCGAGAGCGCACCUAACGUGCACCUUCAUCGCUCGGUCCAGGAUGUCUGGUUUGAUGUGGCUGCAGCCGAAUUGGAAUCGCGAAGAGCAAUCAACCACAAGAAAGAACGCGUGAUGCUUCACCCUCAAGUGCCUUUCCUAUUCGGUUGUCCCGAUUGCAAGCCUGGACUAUCCGAUGGAUGGUAUACUCUGCAAAAUUCGGAUGUCACGGUUCCUGAUGGAAAUUAG